GAGAGAGCUCCGUUUUCAAUUCUGCCAAAUCUCUUUAAUAGUUGACUUUUCCUAAAUGUAAUUCGUAAACAACUGCGAAAUCGAAUUAAUAGCAAUAAGUAUUCAUUAGUGAAACAAAUCCUAUAUCCUAAUGAUUCUUUUAUGUCUCUGUCUAUCUAUCUCUUCCAAUAAUUAAAGAUUAAGGGUAUUUUGAUCGCAAAUUUAUAAAUCGUUCACUAAAAGUAAUAUGGCUUUUAAAAUCAAGCAGGAAAAGACAGCUCCUGAACUUGAAAAUGCUAGGUCAAAGUUAGAAGAGGCUUUGCAAUUUAUUGUGGAGAAGACUGAUGAAAGUCCAUCAACAUCAGGGGAUGAGAGCAAUAAAUGUUUGGAUGUGAUUAUAAAAAAGGAGCCGUCACCAGUUUCUUCACCAGCCAAAAAACCAGCAACUAGAACACAAAGGAAACGCCGCCGUAGGGACGAUACGCUGAAUAAGAACACAAAUUCCUACAUAAUGAAGUUAUUUGAUCGUGCUGUAGACUUGACUCCUUUCAAUGAGCAGACCCCUCUAUACCCCAUCUGCCGGGCCUGGAUAAAUAAUCGAUCACUGUUCAGUGACAUCCCUGAGACCAAAGUAGAACCAGUAGUAGAUAACCCUGAAAAUGUGGAAGAGACCGAUAAGGCUUCAGAGGAGGAUUCUACAGAAGUUCGCCACCUGCCGCCUCCCUUCCCCGUUGCCAACUUCGGGAGAGACUUAAAGAUACCCUCCCCUAUUCCACAACCAGAUGAAGAAUUCACUAUUUGUUCUGAUGAACAGGCCAUAGUUCCCAGAGAGUUGUUGCUGGAAAAUCAUUUACAAAGGUGGAAAGCUGUAAGAAGGAAGUGGAAAAGCUACAGAGUCAAUGAAGAUCGUUUCAUCGAAAGUGGCAUAAUAUUGAGAGAGAUGUUUGAAAAAUCUCAAGAAAGAGAUGAACUGCCAGCAAACGAUUCUUGGGAUGCUUUGAAUCCUACCAACUGAACAUUACAACAGUGAUGUAUAAAAUCACAAAUAAACCAGUGAGAAGUAAUCCAUUUGAACUGUCCAGAUUUGCUGUUUUAAUUAUUUAAUUUUCAAAGUGUUGUAGCAUCACUUACUGCAGUGAUUAAAGACAUUAACAUUAUUUGUAUUAUACAUUAAAAUUUUAUUUAAAGCUUGUGCAUAGUUGUGACAGAAACACAAUUUUUAAGGAUUGUGAUUGUUCAUGUAAUUAUUGCUGUGUA